AUGGCGGUCGCAAUCUCCCAGUAUGACACAAGUGCCUUCAACAAGCUCCCGGGCUUUGAGGUGGCGGGGCCAAAUUAUGAUGAAGUUGAUGGUAAAAAAAUCAUCACUGAAGUCAUGACAUCUCUGUUCCGUAAGCAUGGGGUCGAGAAAGUCCUUGGCCUACAACUUCUUCAUCAGCACUUCCAACUCCGCGAUGGAGAACAUCUUGUGGACUUCAAUGGGACUUCGGUGCCUAUUACACCUCAUGGAACGCAGCUUCAGAGUUUUACUACAUCCAUCUGGAGCUUUAAGAAGAAGGAGAAUGGCUUCCAACUGCAACCCUUGGAAUUCAAGCUGAACUCAGGCGAUACCAAGAUAGACGAAGCUUCUCCAUGGCACGAGGCAAACUUCCAGCAGUUCGUUACCUCUAAGCAGUCUUUCUUCGAGGAAUACUACAGAGUAGAGCAAGAACUCGGAAUUGAAGGAUUGUUUGGAUUUGCACGAUACCCUGGAGAUGGGUUUCCCGGCCGUGUCGAGGUUUCCAUUGGCCGGACUAGUAUCAAUCUCACUCCAGCGCAGGUUAGUAACAACGACGCAAUUGGAUGCUUAUUCUAA